CAGGAACGCAUCGCCGGGCCCCAUCGCUUGUCCCCGGGAGCUGGAGAGGAGGCCGCUGAGGGUGGAUAGCGCCGCGCUUCAUCGCUUGGGUCUGGAAGCGCCCGCUGCGUCCCCCAGCAAGCGGCCUAGGGCCGCGGGCCCCGAAGAGGCUGCUAUGCGCCUGCGCUUCGCCAAGCUGUCGGAGAACGCGUUCACCCCGUCCCGCGGCUCGGCCCGCGCCGCCGGCUACGACUUGUACAGUGCCUAUGACUGUGUGAUUCCUCCUAUGGAAAAGGCUAUAGUUAAAACUGAUAUUCAGAUUUCCCUCCCAUCUGGAUGUUAUGGCCGAGUAGCUCCACGUUCUGGUUUAGCUGCUAAGCACUUCAUAGAUGUUGGCGCUGGAGUCAUAGAUGAAGAUUACAGAGGAAAUGUUGGUGUUGUACUCUUUAAUUUUGGCAAGGAACCUUUUGAAGUUAAAAAAGGAGACAGGAUUGCCCAGCUGAUCUGUGAACGUAUCUUCUAUCCUGAUCUUGAGGAGGUUCAGAAUCUAGAUGACACUGAACGUGGUGUGGGUGGCUUUGGUUCAACUGGAAAGAACUGAAGAUAAGACUUGGAUGUAAUAAGUCGUUAUUGUACUUGGGUAUUGUAAAUUAAAUAUUGCUUCUUCUUUUUUUUU